AAACUCACACUUCAUCUCCAUGUGAAUCUCUGCAGUCUGUGCUCAUCCCACUUACCUCCUUUUGUUUUUCCCUUUCUUCCAACCAUGGAAGAAAAAAGAAAACUCACCUCUUUCCUUUUCUCUUUGGUUUUAUUCCUCUCAUUUUCUCUCUCCUCUUCUCUUGAACUUCAAACACUUGUCCUAUUUUCUCUCCCUAAACCCUCCUCCCUUUUGUCUAACCAAGAAUGGGACAUUACAGCCCAACUCCAGGCAGAGGGCGAGCUUUCAGAUACCCUAAGCAACACCCUCGACUUUUCUGGUUUGCUAGAUUCCAACGUCGCGCUUCAGCUAGAACAUUUGGAUGCUCUAGCGCCGUCGCACUUGAGCAAGGAUGAGCUUUUCGCUAUCAAGCUGAAGCGCGACGAAGCCCGGGUGGAAUCUAUCCUCGCCAAGGCCCAGGCCCGAGGUGGCUCGCAUCCCUCCUCCAAACCCGGCCCAUCUCAUGGGAGGAGGAAUGCGACCCACGGCCCGCGCUCUGGAGGUGACUUCAGCAGCUCCGUCACCUCCGGGCUGGCCCAAGGGAGUGGGGAGUAUUUCACCCGACUCGGCGUAGGGACACCGCCGAGGUAUAUGUACAUGGUGUUGGACACUGGAAGCGACAUCGUUUGGCUCCAAUGUUCACCUUGUAAGAGAUGUUACGAUCAGACGGACCGGAUGUUCAACCCCGGUAAAUCCGGUUCAUUCCGGUCUAUUCCUUGCCGGUCCAGGAUCUGCCAGAAGUUGGACCAACCCGGAUGUACAGUACGUGGCAACAAAUGCGCGUACCAGGUGUCGUAUGGUGAUGGGUCCUUCACCGUGGGAGAGUUCGCUAGUGAAACGAUGACGUUUCGAAGGACAAGAGUUCCAAACGUUGCGCUUGGGUGUGGACAUGAUAAUGAAGGUUUGUUUGUAGGUGCUGCCGGUUUACUGGGUUUAGGGCGAGGGAAAUUGUCUUUCCCUUCUCAAACCGGAAACCGGUUCGGGUUUAAAUUCUCUUACUGUUUAGUAGACCGGUCUGCUUCGAGUAAACCAUCAUCAGUGGUUUUCGGCUCAUCAGCGGUUUCCCGAAACGCGGUUUUUACCCCAUUAAUCUCAAACCCAAAACUAGACACCUUUUACUACGUGGAAUUGAUUGGGUUUAGCGUUGGUGGGACCCGUGUCCCUGGUGUUUCGGGUGAACUUUUCAAGAUUGACCGUACGGGUAAUGGUGGAAUUAUAUUGGACUCGGGCACCUCGGUCACCCGGUUAACCCGACCCGCUUACACUGCCUUACGAGACGCCUUCCGGGUCGGGGCAUCCGCUUUAAAGACCGCCCCGGGGUUCUCAUUGUUCGACACAUGUUUCGACUUAUCUGGUAAAACGGAGGUCCGGGUUCCCACGGUGGUAAUGCACUUUAACGGUGCAGACGUGUCAUUGCCCGCUAACAACUACUUGAUCCCGGUCGAUACCUCGGGUCGAUUCUGCUUCGCUUUCGCAGGAACAAUGAGCGGGUUGUCUAUUAUUGGCAAUAUCCAACAACAAGGUUUCCGGGUUUCUUUCGAUGUCGCUAGUAGCCGGGUCGGAUUCGUUCCGAAUUCAUGUACUUGAUUUUAGUUUUUUCCUUCUUUUUGUGGGGGGUUUUGGUUAAAGGUUGGUUGUUGGCCUUGUUCAUGGAAAAGGAAAGUAAAAGUAGUGGUAAAAUUAAAUGAAAAGAUAGGUUUGGCCCGUUUGGGGGUUAGUGGGGCGGGUAUCUAAAAAUGGUUCACAUGAGGAAUAAAUGUCCUCCAGCUAGCUAGGGCAAGAAUUGUGAAAAAAAACAGGGAGUAAAAAAGGGUACAUAAAUGAGAUUGUCCCACAACAUAAGUGAGGGCAUUUUGUGCAUGUGAAACUCUGCUCAUAACAAAAUAUUAGCCCACUCUUCUUGGUCGGUUUUAGUCGAUUUGUGGGUGCGAGGAAAAGGUUAAUCAAAUUGUUAGUACUAAUAGGACUUGUAACAACAUUUUCACACUAAGAUUAUUGUGGUUAUUGUUCAAUGUUCACACCCUUUUUCUCAUAUA